CAACUCCGGUCAAAAUUUUCGCUGGACUUCUUCAUCGUUCACUAGUUUUGACCAGGCCGACAAAUCCACGCCACCAACGGGCACCGUUCUGCGAAAUGAUUAUUAAGAUCUUGUGGCCGCAUUCACACCCCUUUCUUCCCCCAUUAUUAUAUUAUUCUUCACUUUUUUCAAACGCCGCCUCCUCCUUGGUCCUCUCUGUCUCGCGGUGGAGAUCUCGAUUCCACGGCUCGUCGAUCCGUGCGACCAACGUUGCGGCGAAGUUUCUGACGAGAUAAGAGAGGACGAUUUGUUAAACUUUGCUUCUCUUUCCUUUUUUUUUUUUUUUCUUGUUGAAGAAUUUGUUGAUUGUGAUUCUUUGAGUUCGCUAUAAUUUAUCAAUAAAUUGUCGACGCGGGAGAAUUUUUUUGAAUGGCUUCGAGUUUUGAUCGAUGGGAGAAGGAUCCUUUCUUCUAUGCAGCCGAGGAAGUUCAAGAAUCUGCAGACAGAAUGGAGUCUACCUAUAGAACAUGGAUUCAUGCAACAAAGGACACUUCCGGGACAUGGAAGUGUGAGGAACUAUGCAGGGAUCUAUAUACCACCCUUGGCACAACCAAAUGGCAGCUAGAGGAGUUUGGGAAGGCCGUCCAAUCAAGUUACAACAAAGGAUCAGGCGAGGAUGCAAAAGAUAGACAUCUUCAAUUUAUUUCUGCAAUUGAGGACCAAAUUUCAAGGAUUGAAAAAUCAUUGCAGGAAUCAGCCCUUUCAGAGGGCAAAACAAUGCUGCCUUGGGUGCAAUUAGAUGAAGGUGAAUGUGACGAACUUGCCUGGUUUUUGUCUGGACCAUCACAGUCUGAGGAAAAUAAAGAUCCUAACAGGAAUGGCAAUGAUAAUGAAACCCCACAAGAACCAGUGUCUGAUCGCUUAAAGAAUUCUAGCCAUUCAGUUGAUUGGGGUUCUUUAGAGGCUAGGGGUGAGAGGUCACAUGGGCAUAGGCGGAUAGCUAGUGCCAGUGCUGACAUUGAUGAAUGGAAGAUUGUAAUAGCUGACGCUGGUUUCCAGCAGAAUCUUGGUCCUGCUAAGGGCCAGCCUCCUCUUCCUCCAAGGAAAAUACCAAGUCUCUCUGGGUUCCUAAAUUCCAUGGAAUCUGCCUCAAAGUUGAAAUGGUCAACAAAUAGUGUUAGGAAGUGGAAAGCAGUAGACUGCCAACAAGAGACUGAUCUGGAGUUAUUGCGAUCUCCUCAGAUGACUAGGGGCCUCAAUGCAUGUUAUGAAAGAAGUAAGAGUUGCCUAGGCUGUGAUGAUUGUUAUGAUAAGCAUCUCAAUGGCUGGUAUGGAGCUAUUCAGAGGCAGCUUCAAAGGUCUCAGUAUCAAGUACAAUAUAGUCAGCCUUUUAAAGUAGCAUUUUCGAUUAUCCUCUUCAUUUGCUUAAUUGUUUUAAUUGCAGUUCGGACUGUAGUAGUUUGAACGGUAAGUUCAGGAUCUUCAGCCUGUAAUUUACAUUAAGGCGGCAGAAUAUUUGGAGUUAUGAGAUCAAUGGAUAACAUAAGUUGCGCAGUUACGGUUCCAGUGGAUAGAGUUGAUUAUUUGAUUGGCGUAAUUGCAAUAUUAUCUUUGAAGGGUCCAAUUUCUCCUUGCUAGUUAUACCACAAAACUGACAGGGCCUUCCUUGCCCCUCCCCACUUUUUCUGUGGACAAUAUCUUGUAUUCUCCUACGAAAUAUUGAUUUCUGGAUGAAGGGGCAACUUCUGUUUGUAUCACUAAGGAGCCCACCAGUGACAGAGAAGCUAGACCAAGGUUUCAGGCCCAGAAUGCUGCCUUGGAAAUUUGUUUUUGAUACAAGUACAUUGGAAAUUUUAGAUGUUGUAAUAUAUUAUCUUUUUCUUCUCCUCAUUGUACCUGAAACUUCUGUCCUUGUGUCUACACAUAUUUGUAGCAUGUCAAAGGCAGAUUUUGUCCCCUUGUACUCUGUACAGUAGUAGUUUCAUAAUUACGAAGAAAAA